AUGGCAUCCUCUAUUGGUGGUAGUGGCACCGGUAGUAGUGUUAACGAAAGAAAACUCCAUCGUGAUCUGUCAACAGAUAGUUAUACACGACUUUAUCUUUCACCAGUACCAAGUGUAGAAGAUGAUGAAAACAAUGAAAGUGAUCAUGAAAAUGAAAGAAUUUUAUCAAGUGUUGAUCAAGAUGAUAGCGGUGAAGAAGUUGAAUUUGUUAGUAUGACACCUGGUACUGCAACGACUGUUACAAUAGUUGAUCCAAAUCGUGGUGGCAGUAGUCCAUCAACAAAUCAAUAUGAUGAAGAAGUAACUGAUGUGGCAUAUGUUGUUCGUAAACAUUAUGAAAAUUUUGAAACUAUCGAUUGGUUAAAAGAUUUAAUGCGAAAUCGUAUUCGUCAUCGUAGUUUACGGGCACAUCGGCGAGAUGGUUGGCGACAACGAUUUACAUUUUGGUUUGAUGCAUGGAGUGGAUGGAUUUGUGUAUUAUUAGUUGGUAUAUCAGCUGGUCUUGUAGCUGGUUUUGUUGAUAUUGGAGCAAAAUGGAUGAGUCAUUGGCGAACUGGUGUUUGUACACCUGCAUUUUGGCUUAAUCGAGAACAAUGUUGUUGGGGUUCGAGAGAUGUUGAAUUUGAUAAUGUUCAUAGUGAAUUAUGUAAACAUUGGAAAACAUGGUCUGAAAUAUUUGGUAUGAAUGAAUUAUCCGUUAGUGCUUGGUUUUUCCGGUAUUUUAUGUUUAUAUUCUGGUCUGUUAUUUAUGCUACUUUUAUUGUUUGUCUUGUUGUUGGUUCUGCUCCAUAUGCAAGUGGAUCAGGAAUUCCUGAAAUAAAAACAAUUCUAUCAGGUUUUAUAAUGUAUGGUUAUUUGGGCAAAUGGACAUUUUUUAUUAAAAGUAUUGGUAUGAUAUUUGCAACAAGUUCAGGUCUCAUUGUAGGAAAAGAAGGUCCAUUUGUACAUAUAUCUUGUUGUUGUGGAAAUCUUUUUUCAAAACUUUUUCCAAAGUAUGGUCAUAAUGAAGCACGUAAACGUGAAAUAUUAUCUGCAGCAGCUGCUACAGGUGUUUCUGUUGCAUUUGGUGCCCCAAUUGGUGGUAUUCUAUUUGGUUUAGAAGAAAUUAGUUAUUAUUUUCCAUAUAAAACAUUAUGGCGAACAUUUUUUUGUUGUAUGGUUGGUGCUCUUGUUGUACGUAUAAUAAAUCCAUAUGGUAAUGGACAUGAAAUUCAAUUUCCUGUUGAAUAUAAUGUUCCAUGGGCAACAUUUGAAGUUGUUCCAUUUAUUUGUCUUGGAAUUUUAGGAGGUUUAUGGGGAACAGUAUUUAUAAAAACAAAUAUUCGAUGGUUAAAAUAUAAAAAAACUAGUCUAAUUGGACAAUAUCCACGUGCAGAAGUUAUUAUAUUAACUUUAAUAACAGCUAUUAUUUGUUAUCCAAAUCUUUAUUUAAGAUUAACAAUGCCUGAAUUAAUUCGACGGUUAGUGGGACAAUGUGGUGUAGAUGAUCAUAUGGAUUUAUGUGAUUAUGAACGAGACCAACCAAUAGGAACAGCUACAACGAAAUUAUAUGCAGCUAUUGCUGGUCCUGGUAUACAUCGUGCUAUUUGGCAAUUAUUUUGGGCAUUAAUUGUUCAAACAAUUCUUAUUGUUUUUACUAUUGGUACAAAAAUUCCAUCAGGCUUAAUCAUUCCCAGUAUUUCAAUAGGAGCUAUUGCUGGUCGACUUAUCGGUAUUAUAACAGAACAAAUAGCAUAUCAACAUCAACAUUUAGCUAUACUAAGACAUGAAUGUGGAGUUUCUAAUGAACAUUGUGUUACACCUGGAUUAUAUGCAGUUGUUGGUGCGUGUGCUUUUUUAGGUGGAGUUAGUCGAACGACUGUUUCUCUUGUUGUUAUUAUGAGUGAAGUUACAGGUGGUUUAUCUUAUAUUGUUCCACUAAUGGUUACAGCAUUAGCAGCGAAAUGGGUUGGAGAUACAUUUGGUGAAGGAAUCUAUGAGGAGAAUGUUAAAUUAAGUGGUUAUCCAUAUUUAGAAAAUCGUGAAAGUUUUCGAUUUACUCUAAAAGCUGGUGAAGCAGUGCGUGCAAAUCGUUCUGAUGAAACAAUUCCAUUAGCAUGUAUGAUUCAAGAUGGCAUGACAAUAGCUCAAAUAGACAAACUUCUUCAUCGUUAUCCACAUUCAAUUUAUCCUGUUAUUAUAAAUGAAGAUUUUCCUUGUAUUGUUGGUCAAAUUCAACGACGUGAUUUAUUAGCCGUACUUAAAUCACGAAAAACUCAAUUAACACAAGUAAAAUUAAAACCUUCAUUAAAUCGAAAGUUUUCAGUUGUAUCAAUGUCAAGUUUAUUAAAUAAAUCGGGUCAACCAUCAUCAUUUGGAAUGCGUAGAGCAUCAUUAGCAUUACAGUCAUCAAAAGUUUUAAAAUUACAUAAAUUAGUUGAUCGAGCACCAAUUAUUGUAACAGAUCAAACACCAAUGGAAGCUGUAGUAGAUAUGUUUAGAAAAUUAGGUUGUCGACAAAUAUUUGUUACAAAGAAUGGUCAUCUUCAUGGUAUGUUAACUCGAAAAGAUAUAAUUCGAUUGAUGCAUGAAGCUAAUAUAUCAAAAAAACUUGAACACUAA